UGUUGUUGUUUUGUCGGUGUGCUGCCUUAAUACAAACGGUUAGACAUGUUUCUAAGAGACAAAAAAUACAGAUUUUGAAUCAUUUCAGUAAAUACCUACAACAUCCUCACAUUCGUGAGUUUUGAAGCGAGCAGGAAUAUCUGGAGGAGUUUAUCAUCUGAACUGAGAUCUGCUGCUGUGAAAAUUAUGUUUAUUAAAGAAGAGAGAGAAGAGAACACGAGUGAACCAUUAACCUGGAGAACAAAACAAGAGGAACAAGAAACAUGGAGAAUAAAACAAGAGGAACCAGAAACCUGGAGAAUAAAACAAGAGGAACAAGAAACAUGGAGAAUAAAACAAGAGGAACCAGAAACCUGGAGAAUAAAACACGAGGAACCAGAAACAUUGAGAAUAAAACAAGAGGAACCAGAAACCUGGAGAAUAAAACAAGAGGAACCAGAAACCUGGAGAAUAAAACAAGAGGAACCAGAAACCUGGAGAAUAAAACAAGAGGAACAAGAAACCUGGAGAUUAAAACAAGAGGAACAAGGAGAGUACAUUGAAGAAAAAGAGGAAAAUGAAGAAUCAAAUCAUCAAGAGAAGCAGCAUGCAUGUGAUCAAUGCGGUAAAAUGUUUUUAUGGGCUUCACUUCUGAAGAAACACUUGAAAGUUCAUGCAAAGAAGAAGCCACAUUCAUGUCAUUUGUGUGGUAAGAGUUUUUUGCAUCUACAAAGUUUGAAAGAACAUCUUCAGAUAAUACAUACUGGCAUGAGAGAGUACGUGUGCUCUGAGUGUGAGAAGACUUUUAGUUCACCAAGCAGUUUAAAACUGCACGAGAGGAUUCACACUGGAGAGAAACCUUACAAGUGUUCACAUUGUGACUGGAGAUUCAGUCAUCCAUCAAAUCUGAAAAGACAUGAGAGGAUUCACACUGGAGAGAAACCUUACAAGUGUUCACACUGUGACAUGAGAUUUAGUGUGUCAUCAAAUCUGAUAACACAUGAGAGGAUUCACACUGGAGAGAAACCUUACAAGUGUUCACACUGUGACAAGAGAUUCAGUCGGUUAACACAUCUGAAAACACAUGAGAGUCUUCACACUGAAGAGAAAGCUUACAAGUGUUCAAACUGUGACAAGAGAUUCAAUCAAUCAUCAAAUCUGAAAAAACAUGAGAGGAUCCACACUGGAGAGAAACCUUACAAGUGUUCACACUGUGACAAGAGAUUCAGUGAUUUAUCAAGUCUGAAAAAACACGAGAGGAUCCACACUGGAGAGAAACCUUAUAAGUGUUCACACUGUGACAUGAGAUUUAGUGUGUCAUCAAAUCUGAUAACACAUGAGAGGAUUCACACUGGAGAGAAACCUUACAAGUGUUCACACUGUGACAUGAGAUUUAGUGUGUCAUCAAAUCUGAUAACACAUGAGAGGAUUCACACUGGAGAGAAACCUUACAAGUGUUCACACUGUGACAAGAGAUUCGGUGAUUCAUCAGGUCUGAAAAAACAUGAGAGGAUCCACACUGGAUAGAAAGCACAUCACCUCAAUGUACGUGAGAAGUGUUCCUUUAAGUCAUCUGUUAUACACAGUCAUACAAAAAACAAUCACAGUAAGGCCCCGUACACGCGAAGACACAUUUAGUUGUAUAUGUAAAUAUUUUGUAUGGUAUAUGUUUCCUCCAGACGGAUUCAGCAUUUUGGGAGAGUGAAUAAAUUUUUUUUAAACUA